CGUUCCCCUUGUUCCCGUUGGUUCCCUCUUAUCUGAGAGCGGAUUCCUUAACAUGUCCACGAAUCUGAAAAAUCCACCUACACGUGAACUUGUGUUAGAACCUUUGCAGGUUGCGAUUCACGGAUUCUAUUUCAAGUUGGUGGGGGCUAUCUCACACAGACACCCAACUGGGGCGUAUAAUCUUCUCAUCCAGCUUCAUCCUCGACGAGUUUGGGAUGUCCCCGUUGGAACUGGUGCCAUGUAGACAUUUUCCAAGUGCACAGAAUGAGCAGGCACUUGCGGAUCCGGACGGAGCGAGAGCUGCCCUCAUGUUUAUGGCAGUGGAUCCUGCUGAGCAGACGAGCAGAAUUUUGCAGAAGAGCAGACAGCAGCGAAGGGAAGCGGGAAAAGGUGAUGGAGAGUACAGGGGAGGCAUAUCCGAAAGAUAUGAAGAAACUUUCUGAUACUCCGACUGCAUCCGCAUUGCGAUGGAGCUUACUAGGUCGCUUUAUUUCAUCCAGGAAACCAGUGCUAGAAGCUGAGAAUGACUUGAACAAGGUUUCAAGGCGACCAGGGGGGCGCUUCAAUGUCAUCCAGUGUUCUCCCGUUCUUGAAGAGGCAACCACAGCGAAUCCUGAGGAACAGACACAGAACAGAAGAGAAGUAGUAGCGCGAUAUACUCUCCCCUCAGAUCCUAAUGUCGUUCUAACCCUCCGCCAGCGCAAGGAUUCAGGAAUUGAUCUGAGCGAUUUCAUCAAUUCGCAAAAGUAUGACAUUGACAGCACAGGCCUCGUCUGCAUGUGGCCAGCAGAAGAGAUUAUGACCUACUAUUGCAUUUCACGCCCAGAGCUUUUCAGGAAUAAACGAGUUAUUGAACUUGGGUCUGGUUAUGGGUUGGCGGGUCUGGCAAUUGCUGCAUGUUCCGAGGCGUCAGAAGUACUUCUUACCGACGGAAAUCCUCAUGUUGUGGAAUAUAUACAAAAGAAUAUUACAGCAAAUAAUGAGCUGUUUGGUGAUACCAAAGUGCGCACUUGUACAUUGCAUUGGAGUCGACAUCAAGCAGCAAUGCCUGGGUUGAACUUCGACGUCGUCAUCGCUGCAGACUGUACAUUUUUCAAGGAUUUCCAUUUGGACUUGGCAUAUUCAAUCAAGAGCCUCCUCGGUACGGCUGACGGUUGUCAAGCGAUUCUUUUUAACCCGAGAAGGGGUCACUCGUUGGAUCGCUUUGUGCGAGCUGCUCAAAGUGUCGAACUUGAUGUAGAAAUUCAGGAGCACUAUGACUCCCGUAUAUGGAAUCUUCACGAAGGGUUCGUAAGGAAUGAGCCAGGAUCCGAAUGGCCCAACUACGACGAAGAUCAUUGCUAUCCGCUGCUGCUCUCCAUAACCCAUCAACAACUUAGAAGUGCGACACGAGCUCUGGAUGAUUAGAUGCUACUUAACUGUAAAAAUCUACCUGAUUUUGGUGGUGGGUUUAGAGGUCUAGAGCUUCCCUAAAUUAACAUCAUAUAACAGUUAUACUUCUUACCUUUGAAUUGUAUUUCGUCUCCAUACCUGACACUAAUGUCAGGUUGGUCUGCGAGGAUGUUCCCCAGCUGAAAGCCUGAUUUCCUAAGUUGCAAAUACCUCUUUAAUACUUAGUGUUUGCAGUGUCUUACUGUAGGAAAACGUGGCUUAUUGAAUCAUGCAGCCCUUCAUGUGGCAAAUUCAUAGUAUCUAAAUGCAUUUCAUUAUAAGUGAA